AUGCGCCGCAACACGGGCCGCGCGCGCGCCGCGGAGCUGCGCUUCUAUCGCCACGCCGUCGAGGAGACGCACGCGGCCAUCGACGACGCCGCGGCGGCGGCGGACGACGGAGGCGACGCGUCGUCGCUCCACGUCGUCGUCGAGGUCCAGCGCGCGCGGGGCCUCGCGGCCGUCGACAAGAAAGGCCACGCGCACCCGUUCUGCGCGAUCACGCUCGUCGAGGCCACCACGGGCAAGGCUCUCCCGAAACCGCACCACAAAGCUUCCCGGACGCGCGUCGUCAAGGGCACGACGGCGCCGAGCUGGGAGACGACGCCCGAGCGCUUCGCCUUCGACGGCGUGCCCGUGGGUGCGGCCGGCCCGCCGAAGCUGCGGGUGGACGUGCUGAGCUACACGUCCGUGCUCUCGGCGCCGAAGCCGUUGGGGCGCGCGGCGGUGUCGCUCGCGGGCCUCGGCCCCGCGGCCGCGGCGCUCUGGCUGCGCCUCGAGCCCUUUGGGUCCCUGAAGGCCGCGACCGGCGAGGUGCUCAUCAAGGUCUCGACGCGCCACAGCCACGCCGUCGGCGACGUCCCGGAGGAAGUCCUCGACGCCGAGGCCGCGCGCUGGUUCGUCGACGAGCCCGUCGUCGCGGACCCGCUCCACACCCACCCGCCGAACUGCCUCCGCGUCGCCGUCGUCCGCGGCCGCGGGUUGCGGGCCAUGGACGGCAAGGGCGUCGCGUCGUCGCUCCUGGGCACGGGCCGCGGCGGGAGCAGCGACCCCUACGUGACCGUCGGAACGAAACGCUUCGUCGCGAAAACCAAGGUCAAGGCGAAGACCCUGGACCCGGUCUGGAUGGAGGCCUUCGAGCUCGAAUACGACGCGGGCGACGCGUGGCUCCGGCUCCGCGUCGACGACAGCGACGUCGCGGGCCACGAGUUCAUGGGCAGCGGCCUCGUCAAGCUGAGCGAGCUGCCGCCGAGCCACGACGACGACGGCUCGGCGACGGCCUUCUGGGUCACCUUGAUCGACGGCGACUGCGGCCACGACGAGCUCGAGUACGACUCCUUCCGCCUCAGGGCGCGCGACCGCGAGACAAAUUUGGGCGAGAUCAAGGUCGCCGUCAAGCUCUGCUACGACCGGCGCCGCGACCCGUCCGAGGACCGGCCCUUCUUCGACGAGGCGCCGGACCCGGCGGCCGCCGGCCGCUGGCCCAACGAGCUGCGGGUCGCCGUCUGCCGCGCGGAGGGGCUCCGCGAGGGCGACGCGGCGGUCUUCCGCUCCGGCAGCGGCUCGAGCGACCCCUACGUGCGCCUGAGCCUCGAGGGCGACUUUUGCGAGCUGCUCCAGCGCACGAAGACGGCCAUGAAGACGACGCACCCGGUCUUCAACGAGAUCUUCGCCUUCGAGCUCGACGGCGACGCCGUGUGCCGCCGCGCGAGGGGCGCGCCCUUCGCCCUGAAGCUCGAGGUCUUCGACUGGGACUGGAUCGGCGACGACGACUUCCUCGGCCAGUGCCGGCUCCCCCUGCCGGACCUCGUCGACUACGCGCUGCACGACGCGCGCGCGGCGCCGCGGGCGUGGGUCGACCUGACGGAGGCCGACGGCGCGACGGCCGCGCGCGGGCGGCUCCAGGUCGCGGUCCAGUGCCGCUUCAACCCGGACCGCGCCUUCGAGCCCUUCCGCGGCGACGCGGGCCUGCGGCACCGGCCGCCGAACGAGCUCCGGCUCGGCGUCUUCAAGGCGCGGCUCCUCGGCGCCGCGCGGGAGGACCGUCGCGCGGGGGACCUCGCGGUCGCGUUCCGCGUCCUCGGCGGGCCCAACGCCGAGGAGGUCUUCCUCUCGCGGGCCGUCCCCGCGGGCGACGGCACGGAAGACCCCCACUGGCGCGAGGUCCUCGAGCCCGCGCCGCUCGACCCGCCGCCGGCCUACGACCACGGCGCGCCGACGGCCGCGGCCAUCCCCUACCGCCUCGAGGUCGUGUUGCGCCGCGGCGCGGACGGCGUCGUCGGCACGGGCUUUUUCGAUGUAGGCGCCCUCGGCGCCGCGGUCCCGCGCGCGCCCGCGCACCCCGCGGUGACCUGUUUCGACGCGUCGUGCGUCGCGGCGGCGACGGUCUACGUCGCCGUCGCCUGGACCCACAACCCGGGCCUCUACUACACGCCCUUCCUCAGGGAGCCGCCGUGCGACGAGGAGCCGAACGUUUUGUGCGUCGCGCUCGUGCAAGCGCGGGACCUCGCGGUCAAGGACCGGGGCCUCCUCAAGUCGGCGGCGCACGCGGCGAACAAGCUCCACCUCGCGCACUUCGCCGAGUCGAGCGCCGACGGCUCCGCGGACCCGCGCGCGGUCUUCAAGGUGAGGAGCCGCGUCGACGGCGCCGUCGCCGUCGCGUGGCGCUCGUCCACGGCGCCAAAGACGCUCCACCCGGUCUGGCACGAGCAGUGGAAGCUGCGCCUCGAUCGAUCGGACAUCGCCGCGCCCGUGCUGUCCCUCGAGCUCGAGGACGUCGACGCCUACACGAAGAACGACUUCAUGGGAAGAGUCGACGUCGACCUGUCGCCGCUCCUCGACCGCGAGGUCCACCGCGGCUGGCACAAGCUCCUGUCGACGCGCGCGGGCGACAGCGACAACGUGCGGGGCGCCGUCGAGCUCGUGCUCAAGUGGUGCCGCGACGACAGGGCGCCCCCGCCGCCGCCGCCGCCCGCGCCCGAGCCCGAGCCCGCGCCCGCGCCGGAGCCCGAGCCCGGCGUGGGCCUCUUCGGCGCGGGUCUCGUCGCCGCCGCCGCCGCGCGGGCCCACCACCACCACGACGAGCCCGAGCCGGAGGCGGGCAUGGGCCUCUUCGGCGCGGGUCUGGCGGCGGCCGCGGCCGCGCGCCACCACCACGACGUCGUCUCGGAGUUCCUCCAGGCGCCCGUGGAGGUGGCCAGGACGCCGCGCGACGACGACGACGACGACUCGGACGACGACGACGACGACGACGAAGAAGAGGUCCUCGCGACGCUCCAGGAGUGGGAGGCGCUCGAGGUCUUCGUCGAGCCGCCGCGGCGGCGGGGCGCGGCCGCGAACGCGCUCGACGCGACGCGGCGGAGCCGGAGCCGCCCGACGGCGGCGGACGGCGCCUGGGAGGUGCGGCGCGUGCGCGUCGCGUCGGACCGCAAGGCCGGCGCCUGGCUGCUCCACGGGCGGGACCAGGCCGCGGCGCCCGCGCCCGUCGACCGCGGCGACGGCCGGGAGGAGGAGGCGACGGGCCGCGCGCCGGCCGUCGCCGAGGGCCGCCUGUCGCUCCGGCGCGUCCACCUCUGCGACGUCUGCGUCUGCGGGGGCGACGGCUUCGCGGGCCGGAAGUGGGUCGUGCGCGUGACGUCCGCGACGGUCCGCCGCGUGUCCGCCGCGAACCCCGAGUCCAUCGUCUCGCUCCGCGUGAGCCUCGACGGCGAGGCGGCGGCCUGGGCCUUCCGGCGCGACGUGCUGCGCCGGCGGUCGGCGCUGCCGCCGGGGAAGCUGCCCCGCCGCGCGGACCGCGACGAGCGCGCCGCGGAGUUCUGCGCGGCCUGUGGCUCGGGCGACCUCGACCGCGCGAGGGCGCUGCUCGACGCCGUCGCCGUCGACGCGCGCGACGCCAACGGCGCCGGCGAGACGGCGCUGACGCGCGCCGUGCGCCUCGCCGUCGUCGCGGGCGGCCGCCGCGACGCGCCGCGCUACGGCCGCGCGCUCGACAUCCUCGACCUGCUCAUGGACCGCGGCGCGGAUCCGUACGCGCGGUCCUACGAGGGCCAGUCCGCCGUCGACGUGCUCACGACCAUGGCGGACCUGCACACGGGCGUGCCCGCCGAGGCCUUCGACGCCGUGCGCGCGAUCAUCGGCCGCGCCGCGCUCGGCUACCACGAGGGCGGCAUCCAGUUCCUGACGGCGCGCGACGCGGACAAGGUCCGCGCGUACCAGAAGCACGAGCGCGCGCUCGUCGAGGCGAAGCGCAUCGAGGAGCGGCUCCGCGACGCGGGCAUGGCGCACGCCGUCGAGCCCGAAAACGACGAGCCCGCGCCGGCCGCGCCGGACGACGUCGCGCACGUCGGCGAGCUCAAGCUCUGGACGAAGCAGUCCUUCGGCACGGCGGCCAUCUACGCGGCGGAGAACGACACGGAGGACACGGGCCAGGUCGAGCUGACGACGCGCGCGAAGCAGCGCUUGGCGGACGCGCUGCGCAUGCACGGCGACCCGCGGAGCGACCCGCGCAACUUCAUGCACGGCGCGCGGCGCGCGCCCGCGGCGCCGACGGGCGACGACGCGGCGGAUUUCAUCCUCGGGCUCUUCGGCGGCGACGUGACCAUGGACGCCAAGUACGGGCCCGCGGCGCCGACGGAGACCGUCGAGACGCGCGCGCACGACCUCGCGCUCGAGCUCGAAAUCACGCCGUCGUCCAAGGCCGACCGGGCCGCCGCGGCGAAGGAGGUGGCGUCCGCGCGCGUCGACGCCGCGCGGCGCGAGGCCGCGGCCGCGCGCGCGUCCGCGGCGGAGGAGCGCGUCGCGGCCGCAAGGCGCGAGGCGGCCAAGUUCGCCAAGCCGCGGCCGGUCUCGGCGUCCGCCGCGCGGCGGGAGGCGACAAAGGCGCCGGGCGGCCGGCCGGCGUCCGCGGGCGCGGCGAAGCCGACGGCGGCCGCGGGCGGCAAGCUUUUGGUGGGCAUGUCGCUCGCCGCGGGGCGGCCGCUCGACUGGGGGAAGCAGCUCCCCGGGAAGCGGCCCGCGUCUGCGGGCGCUGGGAAGCGGCCCGCAUCCGCGGGCGCCGGCCGGCCCGCGUCCGCGGCAGCCGCGCGGCCCGCGGGCGUGGCUGCGUCGGGCUUCAACGACAAGAUCCGGAACCGCGAGGCGGCCGAGGCGGCGCUCCGGCCGCGGUCCGCGCACCCGACGACGGCCUGGGAGCAGUUCCCGCUGGGGCCUCGGGGUUGCAACAUCAAUCCGACGACCGAGGAACCGUUCUUGCUCGGCGUUCGGAACAAGCAGCAGGUCCCCGCUACCGUCAAAAAGCAUCACUACAAGGAGUCCGCGUUCACGCGCCGCACCGCGCCGAAGGCCGACGAGGCGGCGCAGGCGCGCGCGCGGAUGACGCGCGUCGACGUGUCGCGGCGGCCGACGUCGGCGAAGCCCCGCGGGCGGGACGCCCGCGGUACGACGCGGCCGACGUCGGCUCCCGCGCGGCGGCGCGCGGCCGCGGCGCCGGCGCCGUCCCUGGCGUCCGCGCGGCCGUCGUCCGCGGCGGCCGGGAAGCGCGCCCGCGCGAAGAUGAUCCCCAUCGGCUACGGCGGGCGCAUGCGCCUCGUCGUGACGCGCGCGCCCGACUAGUAACCGCUAUCGCAGG